UAUAUAUAUAUAUUGUCGUAUGCAAAAGAGGCACUGCACUUGUUGUUAAAAGAAGAGAGAGAUAUUGAUGAAAAUGAUGGAGGAAGAAGUGGUGAUAGUCGGUGCUGGGAUAGCAGGGUUGGCCACGGCGGUGGCUCUGCAAAGACUUGGAAUUCAAGCCUUGAUUUUAGAAAAAUCUCCAGGCCUCCGAGCCAGUGGUUCAGCUAUAACGCUCUUCCCAAACGCCUUGCUUGCUCUUGAUGCUCUUGGUGUUGCUCAUAAGCUCACCUCCCUUUAUGCUCCUUUUAAGAUGGGAUUGGUCACCAAUGUUGAAACUGGAGCUACUCAAGAAAUCUCCUUGGCUGGAAAUGGAGCCACUGGGCUUGGAGCUGGACCCCGAUACGUUCAUCGCAAAACUUUAUUAGAGGUGUUGACAGAUGAGUUACCGAGUGGCGCAAUCCGUUUCUCUUCCCAUAUUGAUGCCAUUGAAACACAAUCACAAGAAGGUUCUACAAUUGCUGUCAUGCAUUUGAGCGAUGGCACUAUAAUCAAAUCUAAGAUUCUGAUAGGAUGUGAAGGGGUACACUCGAUUGUGGCACGUUGGCUAGGACUUGGAGAACCAGUGAAUUCAGGAAGAUCAUGUGUGCUUGGAUUGUCUGUGUUUCCUGAUGGCCAUGGCUUGAAGCAAGAAGUCAGACAAUUUGUAGAUGUAGGCCUAAGGGCUGGAUUUAUUCCUAUCAAUGACAAAGAGGUGUAUUGGUUCCUCAACUGUAUAUCUUCACCGAAAGGAGAAAUUAUGAGAGCAGAUCCAGAAGUGAUACAAAGAGAAGUACUAGAGAACUAUGUUAAAGACUUCCCUGAAAUAUACAAAGAUAUGAUCCAGCAUUGUGAUCUUUCAAAAUUGAUAUGGGUUCCAUUGAUGUUUAGGUAUCCGUGGGGCAUCGUUUUUGGCAAUUUAAGGAAAGGUAACAUCACAGUCGCUGGCGAUGCAAUGCAUCCCAUGACACCUGACCUUGGGCACGGCGGCUGUGCAGCUCUAGAAGAUGCAGUGGUACUCGGCCGACACAUUGGCAAUUCAUUAAUAAAAAAUAGAGGACUUGUUCCGAGGGCAAUUGCUCAGGAUUUAGAUGGUUAUGUUCAGGAAAGAAAGUGGCGUGUGACUUGGUUGGCUACAGGGUCAUAUUUAUCCGGGUGGAUUCAACAAGGAGGAUCAAAUUGGUGGAAGAAAAUCCUGAGAGAUGUCUUUUACAAGUUCCUCAUUCCCAAGAUUCGUAGUGUUAUAGAUUAUGAUUGUGGGAAAUUGCCUAUUGUUCCUUCCUCUAGUCAAUUGGACUCGAAGAAAAUAGAAUAAGUUUUAUAUUGUAUUGAAAGUGUGAUAAUUCUUGAACAACAAUGAAAUUAAAAUAUAUGGCCUUGCUGCACAAUUAACACUUUUUUAG